UCCCGCCUCUGCUUUCACAAUUAGUCAAUUUCAUAAACAGCACGGUAUUUUGGCUUACAACACACGAACACAAUAGUUAUUUGUUAACAAUUUAAUUGUUCAGUUUAAACGAGGCUUAUUUGCAAGGGCCAGGGCGGUUGUUCGGGCAACUCUGGUCAGGCGAUUUUGCAUUUUCGGGUGCCUUUUUUUUUGGGUCCUACCAUCGCUUCCGUUGGCGGUGGCUACAUGCUAGCUAGCAUCAUUAGCACCUCAUAGCAACUAGCAGGGAUAUUGUUUUCUUUUCUAAUGACAGACAUUCCACACUCCUUACAAUAAAGUCAAUCACACAACACAUGCCCCCCUGACCAGCCCCAGGAGCCACAGGCAUGAGACGGCGUCCUCAAAUAGUGUGAAAACACUCGACUUCAAAUAGGAUGCCCCAAUAUAAACAGACGGUAGCACACCCCCUAAAUUAGUAUUAACUGUGCCAAUGGAGGAGGAAUCACUGCCACCUCCUGGCAGCAACCCGGUGGAAAAAGAUGUGGGACAAAGCGCAGAGAAGACGAGUGAACCAGAGACGACCAUUGAAGCGGAGAAGACGAGUGAAUCAGAGACGACCGUUGAAGCAGAGAAGACCAGCGAAGCAGAGAAGAGCAGCGCAGCAGAGUUGACCGGUGCAGCACAGAUGACCGGCGCAGCAGAGAGGACCGGCGCAGCAGAGAGGACCGGCGCAGCAGAGAGGACCGGCGCAGCAGAGAGGACCGGCGCAGCAGAGAUGACCGGCGCAGCAGAGAUGACCGGCGCAGCAGAGAGGACCGGCGCAGCAGAGAGGACCGGCGCAGCAGAGAUGACCGGCGCGGCAGAGAAGUCCAGCGCGGCAGAAAAGACGAGCGAGGCCGAGAAGACCAGCGUAGCUGAGAAGACGAGCGAAGCCGAGAAGACGAGCGAAGCCGAGAAGACGAGCGAAGCCGAGAAGCCCAGCGAAGCCGAGAAGACCAGCGAAGCCGAGAAGACCAGCGAAGCCGAGAAGACCAGCGUAGCCGAGAAGACCAGCGUAACCGAGAAGACCAGCGAAGCCGAGAAGACCAGCGAAGCCGAGAAGACCAGCGAAGCCAGGAAGACCAGCAUAGCAGAGACGACCAGCGUAGCAGAGAAGACCACACAAAAAAACCAAGAUGCAACAGAAACCCCUUCUUCAGGUGCUGGAGGAGAAACACUAGGAGAAGAGAAGAAUCCAAUAAAUGACAAAGCGAAAGACCAUGUUGACAAUCCUCCUACUGAUUGGCUGGAACCACUUGAUGAUGAUGAGCAAAGUGAGGAUGAUCAGCAAAGCAUGGCAGGAGAAAGUGAAAAGAGUCAUAGUUUCGGGGGCAGUGAAAAAGCAAUGAAAGGAGCGACGAAGCGUGUACACACCCGACGCAAGCGUACACAUCCUGAUGAGGGCUGGGUUGAUGUCCCUGCGCUUGGAGAGGGAUGGAGACGAAAAGAGGUUAUUCGGCGCUCAGGUUGUAGUGUUGGCCAAAAGGAUGUCUAUUACAUCAGCCCAGAUGGUAAUCGAGUGAGAAGCAAAGUCGAGCUGAUGUCAUUGCUUACGGAACUUGACAUGUCAAAUUUUGACUACAAAGAGGGGAUGUUCUACAAUGGCCUACCGAAACCUCGACGCAGGGGAAAAACUAAGAAGACGCAGUCGUCGCAGCACCAAGAUUGCGCUGAACCAAGCUUGGUGAAGAAAGAGGGGGCAGACCCUCCGAAAUCCAACUAUAUGCUCCCUCCCAAGGACUGGUCCAAAAAUCUCUACUCCAAUCAAACGUCUUUCUCCACGCAGAAACCAACGGGAAUUUCUUACACAAAGGCUGCCAAUGAGAAUGUGGUACCCAGUAUUAAAAUUAAGAUUCAUCGGCAGGUGUCAUCCUUGCCGCUCCCCUCCAUAAACGGAGCAAUUGGCACUGAGGAAAACCAACUGAAAUGUUGGAGAUGUGGUCUGUGCUUCUUUGGCACGUGGUACGACAGGCAAAGAAAGAGACCCUACUGUCCUUCAUGUUGGGCCUCAAAAUCAAAUGAACACCCAAUGGUUCGAUUCCGGAAGUGGUUUCCGUGUGGGCAGUGUGUGGGAUGUCGUACCACAACAAACUGCAACCAGUGUGCCAACUGCAAGAAUGGACUGAAUAGCCCGGAGAACAGAAAACGAAUAUGCAGAAUGCGCAAAUGCAUCUCUCCCAUUCGUAAGGGCUCUGAAAGUGAAGAAAUCCAGCCUGUCCUGCCACAAAACGACGUUCCGGAAUUACUGGAAGAUAGCAUGAGUUUUCAGGAGGAAAUGACAGAAUCACAGCAAGAGAGUCUAAAAAGCAGCAACACUGACAACUUUUCUGCCAUUAUGGACUUUGAUGACGAUGAUGAUGACAUGUCAACUGAUGAUGAUGAUGACUGGCAUAGAAAACGUAAACGGCGCGCUUGUGGGAAAUGCAACGCGUGUCUCUGCAGGAAGGACUGCGGCACGUGCGACUUCUGCGUGGACAAACCCAAGUUUGGUGGCCGAAAUAAAAAGAGGCAGAAGUGUCGCCUCCGACAGUGUCAAAGACAGGCGAUGAGGCACUUGCUGCCCCUUCAGAUGUCUCACAGCGAGUAUACGUCAGCUGAUCCUUUGUUGCCAGGCAGGCCGAGGCCUCACUACACGUACAGUCGAAAGACGAAUUUAAAGAAUAAAAAAACAUCAGUGUCUUUGGAUUUCUCUGACGAUGACCUCCAAGAUUUGAGUUGGAGCUCGGAACCUUCGAGCAGUACCAAACACAUGGACAUAAACCAGAUUGACUCUUCUAAACAGUUAGUUCGUUCAAUUUUGGAAGAGCAACAUCAAGCAGCACAACGAGAUCUUGGCCGAGAAAACAGUGCUCAAUUUCCAUUGUUGCUGGACGAGCAAAAUGAAAGGGAUGAAGAUGAUUUUCACUUUGACGCAGAUACUCAUAUGCCAGUUGAAGAGGGCGAAGAGCUGCCAAUGAUCACACAGAUCUUCAGUUUGGCUCAGAAACCUGCAGAGAGCGUGGGAGACUUUGACAUUCAUCUUAAGAAACUGCUCACUUCUUUGCGCCAGACCACGUUGCCAAUCCUGUGGUACGCCAUAUUGGUGGAGGGCCCGCAGCUUCAGCUCAUCCAAUGUGCGAAACAGUCCACCAUGUCCGACACCAUAGUGCUGAUCGACCCAGGCUUUUUCUAUCAGGUCACCGUGCAAAAUCAACCGCUGGCAUCUACCCACACGCUCUAUAACGAUUACCCGCCGAAGUUGACCUCCGUGAGUGAAGUGGUCAGACUGCUUUUGGGCCUGGAGAACUACGUUCUGUGCAGGGGGUUGCCCCCCAAAACGCCCUUUCCCACUAAUGGCCCCAUCACAUUGGAGCGGGCCUCGACGUGUGAUUUCUUAGUGGAGAAAAGGGUGAGCAUCUGCUCUAACUGCAAAUUGCUUUGUGGAUGAGGAAGUUCAACUUCAGAGCGAGGAACAAACGUUUCACCAAGCUGGGGCGGUGGAGGAGGGCGCUGCUGUGUCCUGCGUACAGGAUUGAAGCAUCACCAAAGGCAUUCCAAGAACAUUCAUUCUCCGGUGUUUUUCUUUUGUCACUCUUCUGAAUUGUGAUGGAAGGUGCUGCGUCCUCUCAGACCCUUUGUGUGGUUACCGGUGCUGGUUGAUCCACAUUUACUUGAGGAACUAAAACCUCUUCCUACAUUUUCUAUUGAUUCCACUUCUCUUGCCCAAAGCCGUGCCUCAGUUAUGAUCAGCCCUCCCAAUAAUUCCUCAUUGUCACAUUUUUAUGCUUGCUACUUUUUUUUUUUUCCUUACCAAAAAAGGUCAGGUCAUUACCUACUUUUGUGUAUUUUCCUCUGUUAAACUUCAACAUGCCACAUCACUAAGCGCUAUAGAGUCCACAAAAUAUGUUAAAAGGUUUGAUUUGGACAGAAAUUGCUGUGUUUAUACAGUAUGGUCUGAAAUUUGAGUAGCAUCCUUAUUGAGAUCUGAUCCAGAUAACAGCAAUUCAGUUGUAAAAAAAAAUUAAAAAAAAUCCAGUUAGCAUGUUCACAAGCUUUGAUAUUUGUCCAAUCUUAACAGAUCAAGUUGUCCUUUCUUGUGUUUAUGCAGUUUUGGAUCAUAUUAAUUUGGGACCUUAGGUUUUGUGAUUUUGUAGGUGACAGAUUCAGGCUUGAAUCAAUUGCACUGGUUACUGUUUUUUGUCAAUAAUAUUGUCACACAUUACUGUAAAUGAAUGAUUUAUACCGCCAACAUGUUUUGGGGAAAAUGAAUAAAUGCAAUAUAAAAUGCUGUAUAAAAUACAGAAGGUUUAUGCACACACACUCUUUUGAAAUCAUCAACAAAACUCUUUGUUGCUACUUGAGGAAGGAAAUAAGGCUUUCAGUUUACAUGCAUGGAUUAUAGAAAUGAAAUAUUUGAUUGGGCCAUUAAUGAUUGGUUUGAACCAUUCUUUUUCCAGGGUCGAAUGUUUAUACAAUGUACACUUUAAUUUGGGCGCAAAGUUUGAAUUCUUUCAAAUGUUCUCUGGGUUUACACAUGAUCACUUAAUUAUAUUCAAAUACAUACAUAGUUUUUGUUUCAAUGUCCUUAUUUCUGUAGCUGUGCUUCCGGCAAAAUGUUACAACAGAGUUGGUAAAGUUGGGUGUUUUUCUUUUGGCACGGACCAAGUCGGCUUUUAAUCAUACUGUAGUCCAUACGAUUGAUGUCUGGGUUUUGGCAAAGUACAUUCCAGAAACUUAAUGUUGCUCUUAAUGUUUGGGAUUAGUUAUCAUGUCGUGUUCAAGCUUUUGCCGUCUAGCUGUUGAUUUUCGGGAAAGCUGAAGAAUGUGACGGUAGUCAACAUUUGCAGCUGCAAAUUCUUUCUUGGCCUGCGUCCUCCUCUCCAUGGACUGUGACCAUGGUGUAACAGCAGUUUCUAGUUCAUGACGGGCUUGAGUCUUGUUAGUUUCUGAACAUCCGAGAGGAACAGUUUGGGUCUCCUUCCAUACUUUUGACAAAGCUACUGAUGCUUUCAAAUAACUUCAUUUGUUCAAUGGAUCGGGCUUGGAAUCUGCACUUGUUUAAAAGCUGCUCUAAAAGACUUCCCCAACUUCUGUACAGAGGUACCUCCGUUUUCUUUAGUAAUCCGUUCCAAAGAACUGAAGAAAACCAAAUUGUACAAAAACUAUAAAUAAUUGCCAAUUCAAUGACUCAGUUCAGGCAAUCUAAAAACAAAACCUGUUUUAGUAGUUCUAAUACAUACUUUGCUAAGAGUUCUCCUUGAGUUCAAGACUGUUUCUCACCUUCAGUAGGCACUUACAACUUUCUUUAGCUAUCACGGUGGCUUAUUUUUGCCAACUUCUGGGAUUCUUUCUUUGGACGCUCGUUCCGACAGAAUGACACGCAGGCAAACAGACUCGUUUGUUACGUGCAAUGUUUGGCCACACAAUAACUGAGAUGGUAUACCAAGAACCGAAAUAUACAAGAAAGUUGUGCGUACAAAAGCCUAGGUACCAAAGUAUUUCUAGAGUUCUCCUUCUAAUUGCUCGCUGAAAUCCGUCAACUGUUUUCUUGUAUUGAUUCAUCCAUGAGUUCAUUCUUUUUACGAUAUACAGUCAACUGUGAUCACUAACUUGAAAUUAACAGGGAUUUUCUAGUUCAAAAAGAGUGUCACAGAUGUAUUUAUGUGUAUUUAUUUGAAUAUUUAUGACCCUGUUUUGUACGUUUAUAUAAUCGUUCCACCUUUGAAAAAGAGUGGUUCAAAUUAUUCAUUAAUGGCCUGAAAUUAAUCAAAUCCAUAGAAUAGAAUAGAACGCCUUUGUUGCCAUUAUACAAUUGUACAACGAAAUGAUCAAUCAAAUUCAUGCUUGUAAUGAUGGACUGUUAACUUCUUACCUUCGAGAGAGGGGUCAACUUCUUUCUUUUUGGUGUCAGGUUGUUGUUUUUUUAAUGUUAUUUUGUAUAAAUAGUCCUAGUUCCCUCAAGUAAUUGUGGAUCCCCUUUAAAGUAUUGUUUCAAACAUUUCUGUUUGCUAUUUGGGUUUUACAUGUUGAGAAUUUUGUUCAAAUGACUAUUUAAUUUGAGCCUCAAUUAAAAUGAUCGGUUAAAAAUGA